AUGGGGCCCCGAAAAUCUCAGAUCCGGCUCUGUGUAAACUCAGAGCCAGCUUGGGGCUCGAAGGCAUAUGAACGCUUAGAUUACAUAAUGAGACUCUACGGGGCACUUGUUCAGACUGAUGUUCGCGGUGGUAUUGCUACUAACAUCCAUGGGAUUGAACAUGGAUGGGCUUGGUUUGCUCGUUAUGAGCCUAGGACGCGAGACCUGUUGGUCCAUUUACCCACGCUCAUCCACUACACUACAAGAGCCUUCAAGAUCCGAAAAAACCAACGAAUUCAAAAGCGACGAUCAAGCGACGAAUCCGAAGACACUAACGGUCGUGGCUCCAUCGCAGACCUCCGUAUCAAAUGGGUGGACUCAAUUGCAUACGAUGACCAAAAACCAGAACCAAAUGGCUUUAGUAAGCUGGAUACAAUGCUCUCGUCAGGAGGCGUGGGAAUCCAAUUUAGUGGUUUAGAUCAAACAUACCCUGACAUUAUAACUAUCUACUAUUGUGUCUGUGAAGAGGGUGCUUUGACUAAAUAUGCUGCUAUGUCUCAAACUGUUUUGUCUCAAGUUGUGGCUGUGGCAUCUACUGCUAUGUUACCUACUGCUCCUGGAACUCAAGGUGGUGUGUUACCUGCUGAUGGUGAUGUUGCAUGGACAGCCGAGAUGAAGGAAAUGUUUAACGAAGCUUUACAAAUCUUGCCCGCCAAAAGCCGGCGCGUAUACAACAUUUGGACGAUAAUGCACUCUACAUACCCUGACCUUUCCCAAGAAGAAGUAGGUUCUUAA